AUGGUCUCCGGCGCGGCGCACAACCCGGACGGGGGCGGCGGCGCCCAGGCCACCCAGCGCCCGCCGCCGCCGCCCACGCAGGUGGGGGCCCGGACGCCCGUCGCCACGCCGCCGCCGGUCUCCGGCGGCGCCGCGCACUCCGCGUCUACUAGUGGGGGCAGCGCCGGCUCACCACCGUCCAGCCGCAGCGAGCAGCACGCCCCCGACGGUGCUGGCAAGGGUCCUGCCCUCGGGGCUGCGCCCGCGGCGGCGGCGGCGUCCACCCCGGCCAGCGAUAGCACGUUCCUCCGCUUGAAUAAUCUCGACAUCAACGGCGACGACGCGCCGUCGUCGCAGGCUCCUACGAGCAAGAAGAAAAGGAGAGGCACACGGGCAGUGGGUCCUGAUAAAGGUAACCGAGGACUGCGCCAGUUUAGUAUGAAAGUUUGUGAGAAAGUUGAAAGUAAAGGGAGAACAACAUAUAAUGAGGUGGCAGAUGAACUUGUUGCAGAGUUUACAGACCCCAAUAAUAAUUUUGAGGCACCAGAUCCUGAUAACCCUAAUGCGCAACAAUAUGAUGAGAAAAAUAUACGACGAAGAGUUUAUGACGCUUUAAAUGUUCUAAUGGCUAUGGACAUUAUAUCUAAAGAUAAAAAGGAGAUCCAGUGGAAGGGCUUGCCGCGGACUAGUAUAAGUGAUAUUGAAGAAUUGAAGAAGGAGCUUGUGGGACUGAAAGGUAGGGUUGAGAAGAAAAGUGCUUACUUACAGGAGCUACAAGACCAAUAUGUAGGUCUGCAAAACCUGAUUCAACGAAAUGAGCAAUUAUAUGGUUCAGGAAACACACCUUCUGGUGGAGUGGCUUUGCCAUUUAUCCUAGUCCAGACCCGACCUCAUGCAACUGUGGAAGUUGAAAUAUCAGAAGAUAUGCAGUUGGUGCAUUUUGACUUCAAUAGCACCCCAUUUGAGCUGCAUGAUGACUCAUAUGUCCUAAAAGAAAUGCGGUUCUGUGGAAGAGAACAACAUGACUGUGCUCAAGAGUCGACAUCAAAUGGAGGUGAGAGCUCAAGCAUGUCAAAUAUUUAUUGGCAACAAGUACAGCAUCUGGAGCGGCCAAAUAAUGGCACAGUUAGGUUACCAAGCUCACCGCCUAUUCCAGGGAUAUUGAAAGGGCGUGUGAAGCAUGAGCACUAA